GUUCGACGGCUCCGCCAUCCCCCCGGCCUGGACCCCGCGCGAGUACUCCGGCCCGGAGCCCGCCGGCGGGCCCAAGGACGGCAAGCUGUACCACGGCAGCUGCCACUGCGGCAAGGUCACCAUCGCCGCGCGGGUCAACCCGCUCGAGAAGCGCAACAACGAGGACGAGGCCGACCGCAUCUGCGAGUGCAACUGCAGCGUCGACCAGCGGACGAUCCCCGUCGUCGACCAGGGCGGCUUCAUGUGGAUCUACCCGAACAAGGACGAGGUGGUCCUCCGGGGCCGCGAGCACGCGAGCACCUACGCCUGCGGACCCCGGGUCUUCAAGCGGGUGUCGUGCAAGACGUGCGGCGUGACCCUCAUGAACGACCUCAACGAGCUGGCCGACGCCGAGGUCGCCGCCCUGCCCGAGGGCGCGCGCCAGUACCGGGCCGCCUGGAUCGACAGGCGGCCCGUCAACGUGCGCGUCUUUGACAACGUCGACCACGACACCCUCCGGGGCCUCAAGACGGUGAGGUUUGACGGCUACCACUUCAUCCCGCCCCCGUACGCCGAGCCGUAG